ACAACAAAUAUCCCUUUCAUUCUCUCCUUCUACCCACACAAAAAAAAAAAUUAAAAAAAAUUAAAAAAACCACUCCUCUUUAAUUUCACAAGCAAUUAACAUGGCAUCCGAAGCUAAUGCAGAACAAAUUAAGAGCAACAAUGAGGCCUUCGCUGUCCCGGACAACAAUGCUUUUGGUCACUCUUUCAGGGACUAUGACAAGGAAAGCGAGAGAAGAGCUGGCGUGGAAAAUUUCUACAAGACCAAUCACAUCAACCAGACUUACCAAUUUGCAAAGAAGAAGAAAGAGGAGUAUGGAAAGCUGAACAGCGCGGAAAUGAGCAUCUGGGACUGCUGCGAGCUCCUCAACGAAUUCGUCGACGAGAGCGAUCCGGAUCUCGAUGAACCGCAGAUCGAACACCUCCUCCAAUCCGCCGAGGCCAUCAGGAGGGACUACCCCAUUGAGGAUUGGCUGCAUCUCACAGCACUUAUUCAUGAUCUGGGAAAAGUAUUGCUGCAUCCCAAGUUUGGAGGGGAGCCACAAUGGUGUGUUGUUGGUGAUACAUACCCACUGGGAUGUGCAUUUGAUGAGUCCAUUGUCUAUCACAAGUACUUUGGUGAGAACCCAGACUCCAAACAUCCAAUCUACAGCACAAAGCUGGGAGUCUACAAGGAAAAUUGUGGGCUUGAGAAUAUCACCAUCUCCUGGGGUCACGACGACUACAUGUACACGGUGAUGAAGGAAAGUAAGACAACUUUACCCCCAGCUGGGCUCUUCAUCGUCAGAUUCCACUCCUUCUAUGCACUGCACAGGAAUGGGGCUUACAGCUACUUGAUGAAUGAGGAGGACAAGGAGAAUCUCCACUGGUUGAGGAUCUUCAACAAGUAUGAUCUAUACAGCAAGAGCAAGGUCAGAGUUGAUGUGGAAAAAGUCAAGCCUUACUACCUCUCCCUCAUCCAAAAGUACUUUCCUGCAAAGCUCAAAUGGUGAUGGCAAAGGUCAACAACAGAGGAUGUUGACAUCAUCAUGUAUCUAUACAAAAGCGUGUUUAUGAAAGUGGGUUGGAUACUCAAAUCCGAGAUCUAUCUUGUAUAACGAAACGCCCAUCAAUUGUAUGUGGCUUUCUCGGGAACCUAAUUGUAAUGCAACGAAUCAUGUUAUUUGGACAAAAUUUGAAUAAUAUGUACCGAUUCAUUUAUUGAAAAUGUUUAGUGAUUGUCU